AUGGCGGUUCCUACUCGUAGGCGUUGGUGGCAAAUCCAGUGGUUCGCUGACACUGACACCCCGGAAGAGCGCAAGCUCAUCAACAAGCUGGAUCUCCUCAUCGUCCCAUACGCGGUGUUGAGUUAUUGGGUCAAGUACAUCGACCAGUCCAAUCUCAACAACGCCUAUGUGGCCGGUCUGAAGGAAGACCUUGGAUUCAAAGGCAAUGAACUUGUCCAGCUCCAGACAUUUUACAUCAUCGGCGCAGUCACGGGGCAGGUGCCAAUGAUGUUCGUUCUUACUUAUGUCCCCGUUCACUGGCUGAUUCCUUUCCUGGACAUUGCUUGGGGAAUCUUCACACUGCUCCAGUUUCGAGUUACCGGGUUCGCUGAGCUUGCUGCAUACCGUUUCCUCGUUGGGUGGUUCGAGGCUGCCUUUUUCCCGGUUAUGCACUAUCUGUUUGGCUCCUGGUAUCGGGGCGAUGAGAUCGCACGGCGCGGCGGACUAUUUUAUGUCGGACUUUCUUUGGGCACGCUCACUGCCGGUCUCAUCCAGGCUGGCGCAUCAUCUCGGCUUGAGGGCGUAAACGGCCUUGCAGGAUGGAGGUGGAUGUACAUCAUCUGCUCUCUCAUCACGAUUCCAAUCGGUAUCCUGGGUUUCUUCGUCAUCCCAGGUACCCCUGAGCAACCCAACCGAAUGGUUUUGAGUAUAGAAAACAUCGAGUUGAGCGUCGAAAGGCUGAAGCGCGCUGGUCACGCAUCACAUGGCAAAUUCAAGUUCGGUGCUUUGAAGAAGAUUUUCUUGUCACCACAAUUUUGGGGCAUUGUUCUCGUCGAUGUCUUUUUCUGGAACGCCGGUAUUCACACAUCGUCCGGAAGCUUCCUACUGUGGAUCAAGAGUCUUGGACGAUACUCUGCAGCAAAGGUCAACGAGCUCGGCACGAUUGCGCCUGCCCUAGGCAUCUUCUAUACUUUGUUCGUCUGCUUCGCCUCGGAUCUCGUUCUUGGCCCCGCAUGGGCCAUCACGCUUUCACAUACAUGGAACAUACUCGGAUUGAUUAUCCUCGUCAUCUGGGACGUUCCCGAACCUGCUAAAUGGUUUGCCUUUUCAACCAUCUACUCAUCAUACGCCAUGUCGAGCGUCUUUCACGGAUGGGUGAAUACCCAAUUGCGAUCGUCUCCGGCGGAGCGCUCCUUCACUCUGGUUCUUAUCAAUGCCAUUUCCCAGUCUUCUACGGCAUGGACUCCUCUCUUAGUGUUUCCCACCGUGGAAGCACCUCGAUAUCCCAAGGGUUUUGCGUUCACUCUUGGUUCUUCGAUUCUCCUACUUAUCUCAACUCACAUUCUCCGUGUUUACGUCAAACGAAGAGAUCCACAAGUAGAAAACACGACUGGUUUCGCUGAGAGUGAUCCAGAAGACCACGCCACUGUUGACGAUGGCAAACGAACACCAGUAACGGUGAACGACAGGAAUAAUCGGAGCGACUAA